UUCACUCUCCUUUAGUAGUUUCAUUAUUCCAAUCCAAUUUUCAUUGGAAAACAAUCAUUGCAGUCUAAUUUCCACGAGGAGACAUGCAGUUAUACAUUCUUAUGCCUUACCAUUUUGAUUCCAUUUAGACUACUAUCUUCUUUGUACAAUUUGCACUAGAAUCAAAUCCGUCUCACCACCUCUCAGCUAUUAUAAAUACCCUGUGCUCUUACCAUUGAAAAUCAUUAGUCUUGAGAGCUUCUUCAACACACGUCUCUGAGUCAAUCUCGCAAGUGUGAUGGUAUAAUGUAAUUUUUCUUUUUUUCUUUUAUUUUUUCUCUUUUUUUUUGGUAGGGUUGAAAUAGAUAAUAAUAUGCAAUAAUCAGUGUACAUCGGCUUAAGGUGUGAGAGUUUAACUUUGUGUUCGUCACCUUAAGGCUGAACAAUUUUGCUUGAAGAUGGUGGACAUCGACUUAAGGUGCGAGAGUUCAACUUUGCCUCCGUCACCUUAAGUCUGAAAAAUUUUGCUUGAAAAUGGUGGACGCCGUCUUAAGCUUGCAGAGAUAGUUCACUUAAAAGACUACACAUAUUCAUCUUAUAAAAGCAAGUAUUUUCAAAUUGAGGCCGACGAUGGUAUGAUUUUAACUAGGUUAUUGACUAAAACUUCAAUAGUAGGAAGGUAUGCAGAUCCAUGGCCACCCUUGCAAAAUUCUCUCCAUAUGUCAAAUUGGAAUUCAAAACAUGACAUUGGUGAUAAUCAGUCAGUUAAAGUAUAGCUUCUUUAAACUCCCAACCAACGUCAAUUGAACAUUGCGAGCACCCUUCCUUACUUAGGACAUUAGGUACUCAAAAGAGAAAUACAUUGGGGGGCACUAUGGAGAUAACUGCUGAAUAUCAUCAUACUCAAGGAUAUUAGGAAUGGGCUGAGGACAUAUUGGCUGGAAAUGCAUAAACCUUGAAUUCAGCAAAAAUAUAUGAUGUCAUUUAUACUUCAUUGUUUACCUAUGAUCGAAACUCGAACAUAUUACCGUCAUUCUUUAAGGCUUCGUGUCCAACUACCAACACAUUGCUUACUUCAACUGGAGAGUUAUCCAUAUCCCUUUGGGACUUAUACAAAAUUGGAGGCUUGUCCAUUGGAGGUCUUUCUUAUGAAAAAGUAGUGCCCGAAGCAAAGGAUCUUACAGGUGUUGAUGAAAAGAAUGAGAUAUUUAUCCCUCGUUCUUAUGAAUUUUUGUUUGUAACUUUCCAAAAUCUUCAACAAGGAGAGUCUUCUAAUCCAAGAUUUCCUCUAUGCAAGGGGAUAAAUUUUUUGUGCAAAGGGUAUUAAGAUACGAGUCCGCUCCACUGAGGAAGGAAAAAAAAUAUGCUCACUUGAAGCCAACCCAUAACCCAACUGGGACUAUUUUGAAAGAAAUAAAGUGGUCAAGUGCAGAUGAUGCCACAUUUUCUAAACUUUGAGUAAAGUAUGAACAUUGGACCGAUACAUAUUUGGUAGUGUUCCUAUCAUGUUGGUCGUGCACCUUUGUAUUUCCCUUUAAGGAUGGAUAUUUCAUUCGUUCGGGAAUUUUUAGAUUUGCAACUAUAAUGGAAGAUAAGAAAACUUUUACUCUUACAACUCCAGUCCUAUCGAGCAUUUAUAAUUAUCUCAAUAGAGUUGCAACUCGAAGUAUCCCUUCCUAUCCAUUAUGUAUAUGGUUGACUUGCUUACUAUUUUAAGACUCAUUUUCCACUUUCUAAUGGACCAUCUAUUCCAUUGAUGAAGGCAUAUUCCAGAGAAAGUAAGGAAAGGUACUUUGAUGGAGAGCUUUCUAGAAAGUGUAUCCAUCAAGGAGAGUGUUAUUUGGGCUUCCACUAUGCUAAUCAAGUCCACUCCUUGAUUUUAUGGAUGAUGAUAAGGAUGAAGAGUCAAAGAUAAGCUACAUUAUGAGCCUCUAUUUUAACUUCCUCCCUUUUAGAUAUAGAGGUUCAUUCAUACUUGAUCCAUACAGUCCAUGCCAGUUUAGCCGUCAGUUUGGGUUUUAUCAAGGCCUUUCCGGAAUCUUGGAAAAUGAUAUUCAUAAUGCUUCACUAGAUGAAGGCCUUAAAUUUCAUCAAAUUUGUGUAUUUCAUGGUUCUAUGUCAAAAGAUACUUUUCCUAGAGCCAUAUCCAAUAUGCAAAGAUAUUUAUCCAUACCGUAUAAAUCUUGGUGGGACAAAGUUCAUGGAAACUUGCUUGAAGUUAACUUGCAAUCUUUGUUGAACGGCGUAGGUCCUAUUAUCGACACUCCUAAAGAACAUAUUGAGGAGGUCCCAAUUAUGGUUAAGCCUCCUGUUUUGAAAUCUAAGGUAGUCAUUCUAUACAAAGUCAAGGGACCUCCACAUACAGAAACUCAAAAAGAGGAGCUGCCUACCCUAACUCAACAAGCUUUCAAUAAACGACCAUCUCAAGACGAGAGCGAUAGUAGUUAUGAAGAUCAUUGUUGGAAGAAGGUAAAACCAUAUUUGACAAAGCAAGGUGAUUCUAAAUCCCAUAUAGAGAUUCUUGCUAGUUCAUCAAAGACUCCUCCAGCCAUCAAGAAGCCAGUCAAUGUUCAAGUUUUGGAAGAUCCUCACCAAAGUAAGCCACAAAAUGGUAGCGAUUAUUUAGUAAGUCCAGACUCAAGAGAGUUACUUUUGUCAUCCAAAGAGGUCACUUCUAACCCUUGCAGUAAAGUCAAAGCAAAUGUAGAGUUAAACUUUCCCCAGAAACCUCAGUAACCAUGUCUAUUGUUUAUGGCAAGAAGGUUAUUUCAGAGUUUAAAGGAAUUUAUCAUGAAGGCUUGGGCUAGAAUCCGCACCAAACUUGCAGGCCUUACUCCGAAUCGUGCUUCUACUAUCCAAGAUGACAUCAAAGUCAUACUCAAUGACAUGAGUCGAAUGGGGGCAGAUAUUUCCCCUUUGCAAAAUUUAUUGGGUUCUUUCUUUGGGCUUAUGACUUCCUAUGACCUAGCAUAAUCCACCCUUAUUGAAAAAACCACAACAAUUAAAGAAUAAAAGCCAUAUUUGAAAGCCAAAGAAAAUCUUGAGCUUGUAUUGAGGGAGAGGGAUGAGAAAUCUGAAGAAGUUUUAGCCAUUUACAAAUCUCUUGAGAAGGUGAGAAAGAAGGUGAAAAAGUUAAAAGCUCACCAAGAUUCUGCCAAACAAGAAACUGCGGAGAUAGAGUCCAAAGUUUUGCUGCUAAAUAAGAGUAUUUUCAAGUGUUCUAACGUCUCUCUUGCAACCGCAAAUGCCUCAAGUUCGUGGAGAAAAAGAACCAAGCCUUAUAGGCUGUUUUACAAGAUUUAGUCAAUUAUAAGCUAUACUUAGAUUAGCCUUAGGUGAUGUUUUCCUUCAAACCUUCGUGUUGCUUUCUUUUACCCUUUUAUUGAGUAGUUGGAUCUAUUAGUUGUAAUAGAGACUCUUUUUCCUUAUAUCACACAUUUUUUUAAUAUUCCUUUGAAUUUCAACUCUAAGAAUUGCUUGCUUAUUUUGAUGUGUUGAUGUUGUUGUAUUAAACUCUAGCUUUUCUCUCCAAAACUUGUUGCUCAUUGGCUUUACGUUUUUGUCUCACAACCGACUUGGACUUGAAAUUUCAGUUUGCCUUAAGAAUUAAAGCUUUUGACUUCCAAACUUAAUGAUUGCACGUGUUCCAAAUCUACGCACCAAACUACAGGCUUUGGGUAUUCCAAAUCCUAUUAAAAGAUCUUCCUUUCCUUUUGAUAGGUUGCCCCCAUUGAGCCACAAGUAUUUUUUAUAAGUCCAAAACUUAAUUGAAAUGCUUGUAGGCUUAAAUUUCAUAUGGGGGAUCGAGCAGGGGCAUGUUUUUUCCUUGGCACUCAUAUAACUGAACUCAGAAUGAAAUUCCAAGCACCUACGUACCUCAGUAAAGAGAACCAAGUCAAACGUAGUUCUGGGUGAGUGUAUUUUUUUGCAUCCUAACUUUUGCCUAGGCUGCCGUUUUUGAGAUUUUCAACCUAGCGGAUAUUUUUUUUAUCCGUACACAGUUUAUUUUCUUGCAAGCCAAGAGUGUCAUAUUCCUUCAAGUAUAAUAAUUCUUUAAGAACUUGGUGUUGAUAGGGCUAAUUUUCACGCCAUCUGCAUCACCAAGAUUGUAAGCACCAUUUUGAAUAUACUUAUUGUACAGUAUAUGGUCCAUCCCAGUUUAUGGUGAAUUUGACCCUAAACUUAUGAGAAGUAAUAAAGGGUCUUCUUACUGCGAGGACUUGAUCUCCAAUUUGGAAGCACCUCAAGCAAACUCUUUUGUUGAAAGAACGGGAUAGACGGGCUUGGUAACAUUCAAGAUUUUACUGAGACUCCAGCCUCUUUUCAUCAAGAGCUUCUAACUCUGGUAGACACAAUUUAGCAUUUUCUUCAUUAGUAAGCCCUUCUUGAAUAGCCAGUCUCAAAGAAGGUAUUUGACGCUCAAGUGGCAGGAUGACUUCAACUUUAAAAGCAAGCGAACAUGGGGUUGCCUGCAUUGGUGUGUGGUAAGUUGUUCUAUAUGCCCAUAAAGUUUCUUCCAUUCAUUCAUGCCAGUCUCUCUUGGACUUAGAGACGACUUUCUUCAAUAGAUUGCAUAAAGUCUUGUUAAACACUUUGUCUAGACCAUUGGCGAAAGCAUGGUACAUAGAAGACUUACACUGCUUAAAGCCAAAGAGAUCACAGAUCUUAUUCAUCAGCUUGUUAUCAAAUGGCUUGCUAUUGUUGUUUAUUAUAUAUUAAGGAAUUCCAAAGUAGUAGAUGAUAUUCACUCGGAUGAAAUUCUCAGCAUUCUUCUUCUUUACUUCUUUGAGAGCAACAGCUUUGGCCCAUUUUUAGAAGUAAUCUGUUGCGGCCAAGAUGUAUAAGUGUCCACCAAAAGAUUUUGGUAGUGGACCAACAACAUCCAUUCCCUAAGCACUGAAUGAAAGAGAUGUUAUAGUUGGGUGUAGUACUUCAAGAGGUUGAUGGAUGAAAUUCACAUAGAACUGACAAGAUUUGCAUCUUCUAGCAUAUUCCAAGCAAUCUUUCACCAUCGUUGGCUAAUAGUAUCCCAUCUUUUUAAUGUGAAAAUGGAGCUUCGGUCCAGACUGAUGUGAUCCACAAACUUCUAAGUGCACUUCUUGCAAAGCUUUAAUUGCUUCUUCCUCUCCCAGACAUCGCAAGAGUACUUCUUUAAACGAUCUUGUAUAUGGCAUGUCUUUAUAGUAAAGAAAGCGAGGUGCACAAUGAUGAAUGUCAAUCCUUCUCCUUGGAUCCUCUGGAAAUAUCCCAUAAGAUAAGUAAUCAAUGAUAGGUUGUCAGCAAUAUUCUUUUACAGCUUCAGACACAGUAAUGAGGUAUUCAACCUUACUUUCUACUUCCUCAUUUGACAGCGGUACUACCCAUUCUUGGUGCAUAGAAACUUGCAUCUAAUUUGGAAGAGUCAGGGUUGAGGUCGAAGCAGCUAGGGCAUCAGCUUGCUUAUUUUCUAUCCUUAGCACAUAUUGGAGGGUUACUUCUCCAAGCCACCCCAUCAAUUUACGUUCAUAAUCAUGAUAUGGUUGUAGCUCAGGCUUUUUGACUUCAUAGUUUCCCAAAAGCUGCUUGAUCACCAAUUAGGAGCCAUCAAAGACCUUUAAUUGCAGUGAAAACCAUUUAACAAAACCAAGUGAAAACCAUCCAAUGCCAACAACCAUACAUAUAUAUAAGUGUCGGGAUAAGGGACAGGGUAUAGCAUGCCAUUUAAAAUCUUAUCUUGGAUCGUGUAGCUUAGCCGUCCUACCAUCCAUAGGCCAUAUGGGUUCAGCUCCCCCUGCUGAAAGGGUCCAGGUGCGUGUAGCCACACGACCAGGAAAUAACCUUGGGGUGACUAGUACAUCCCUCCAAUAUAAACAUGACACUCACACGUGUCCAUCGAAGACCCCUCAUAUCAGCAAAUAUGAGUUUUCAAUUUUGAUCCUCCCAGGAUCGCCACCAUUCACGGCUUAGAUUACACUCCCCGCCAUUAAUGCCCAAUUAAAAUCAAGUCCAAAUAAUCCAAUUAUCCAUUUAUUAACCAAGGCUAUUUGAUAAACCAAUGGUAUCAUCCUACCA